GGGCAGAGUCCGGGCCGCCGCCGCGGCCACCGGGGAGCGACCAGGAGCGGGUGCGGGUCCCGGAAGAGAGCGCGGCUGCCGGCCGCUUGGUCCCGGUCCCGGUCGAGGCCAGGGGCGCGCGGCGAUGUGAGCCAUGAGCGCGACGUGGACGCUGUCCCCCGAGCCGCUGCCGCCAUCGACGGGGCCGCCGGUGGGCUCGGGCCUGGACGCGGAGCAGCGCACCGUGUUCGCCUUCGUGCUGUGCCUGCUCGUGGUGCUGGUGCUGCUGAUGGUGCGCUGCGUGCGUAUCCUGCUCGACCCCUACAGCCGCAUGCCCGCCUCGUCCUGGACAGACCACAAGGAGGCGCUCGAGCGCGGGCAGUUCGACUACGCGCUGGUCUGAGCGGUGCGGCGCCCUCGGCCGGCCUUCCGCGGGGUCUCUCUCCCGGGGCCGAUCCGACGGGGCGCCGCCGGGCCUGGACCGCGCUCAGGAUCCUGCCCCCGAGCCCGCAGCCCGAGGGGGUUGGGCGUCAGGAGAAGUCCGACCCCUCCCCCCUCACACCCCUCCCAUCUUCCCUCCUGGCCAGGCCGGAGCCCCACUUCGUGCCUUUAUCCCGCCCUGUCCUCUCUCCGUAACUCACCGGCCCGGCUGGCCCCCGACUCUAAAGCCUGGGUGGGAAGAGGACGCCCGCCCCUCCGCCCCCAGCGUGUAGGUGGCUCUGCUAUUGUCCUGCCGCCGAGCAUGAGUGUCAUGUCCGCUCCCGGGUUCGGGGACCCCCGUCUCCCUUUCCCUCCCUCCCGUGUCCUCUGGCCAUCCUCACUCCCCCGCCGCCCGCCCCCCUAAGUGUUGAGCCCCUCCUCGGGCUCCGGCCCUGCGGGCUCUCCUGGGCCCAUGAGGUGGACGCUGCAUACCAAUAUGCCCUGCGCGGCCUGCUCCGGAGACAGAGACUGAAGAGCAGAGCGACAAUGGCUGCUGCGUCCAGGAUGCGAGGCUCCUUCCAUGGCGGGGAGAGCGCAGACAGGCUCCCUCCCGCCCCCAGCCCAGGCCCCAGUUCAGGUCAGCGCGCCCCUCCCUCUGUCACCACCUCCACCCCUCAUUGGCCCUCCUGCCACCUCCCCCUGAUCCCUCCUGUAACCCC